AUGAACAACGAUAAAGGGGUCAAGGUGACGGCGGUGGACGUCGAUUUGGCGACGAAGAUUGUGCGCGUGUCGAUCGAUUGCGAGAGCGUGGUGGACGGCGUCACCAAGCUCCCGGCGCUCGUGGAGACCGUGGUGGAGGGAGGGUUCGAGGCUGAACCGAUAUUUUAG